CACACUUAACAGCCUCUGAGUGAAGAAAUUCCUUACAGACGCUCUGCUGAUUCUUCUGCUAACCAUCCUGAGAUAUGUCCCCUUGGUCACUUACUCAAGCUCCUGCAGCCUGCACUCACAAUUACCAUCUCCAAAGCCCUGCCUGCUUAGCUGGGACAUGUGGGUGAGUUCAGUCCUGCUCUCUGGGAGCCUCAUCACACACCAGUUCUCCAGCUGAACAAAGCAUCUGCUAAACCAUCCAACAACAACAACAACAACAACAAAUUACACUUGUAUAGCGGGCGCCAUUCACGUCGGAAAGCCUCUGCUCUUUCCUGCACCAUCUAUCUGCUCACUCACUCACACACACACACAACACACUUGCUGCAUUGGGAAGCCAGAAGGCAUCAGCUAGAGACAUCUCCUCACCCACCCAUCCACCCCCUCCACUCCGCACACUUGCUUUGCACCCCCUCUUGGAAGGAAACAUGGAGCCCAAGGAUAGGAGGAAAAUCCAGUUCUCCAUGCCGAUGAUUCCCAGCAAUCUGGAUCCCAGAGCGGUUGAAAUGAUCCGACGUAGAAGACCCACCCCCGCCACACUCUUCCGGGUCUCGGACACCUCCUCUCCAGAAGAGGAGACCUCGCCACGUCAGAGAUCGCCCUCCAGUGACAAUGGGCUUCCAAGACCUCGACGAGCCGCCACCACCGCCUACAAACCACCGUCAAUAAAAGCUGUUCAGCAUAUUGUCCAGUCACAGCUGAGAGCUGAGGGUCAGGGAAAAAGAUCAGCAGAUGAUGCUGGGCCCAACACCGCGGAUGAUAGCAGCCUCUCCGACUCCUCAGACUCAGACUCCUGGAUUUCUUCCCCACUGGACACAGAGGAGGAGCCGCUGACCCUGACACAAUACCCGGACAAGAGCCCUGACACUCAGCUCAGAACCGAGCUCGUACACGCUGGCUCUAGCCAGCAGCAAGAGGUGGUGCAGCACGUCUCACAGGAAGAGUCAAUGUUUAUACAACCGCAACCAUCAGUGGAGUUCAAGAGAAGUUGUUCACAACCAGAACGCCUGACAUCCGAGGAUAGGGACGGACAGCCUCAGACAGAAGCCAUAAGCAGGAGGACCUGAGGUUCAGUCUGAACAGCUCCAAGUCUCCUGUUAAUCCUCAUCUGUAGUUAACCCGAACAACAAGCUUUGUAAAUUCCAUGUUUGAAUUUGAUUGGAUUUCUCAGCCCCCCUCGUUCCUGACAUUUCUUCAGCUGCCCCAUCUAUCAUUUAUUCCUUUCUGUGCCAAGAAACAUCUGCUCUCACCCUCAUCCUCACAGCACUCCCCACCACCUUUAACCAUUUGUAAGUCAAUGAACAACAAGAACAACAACAAAUUACACUUCGUAGAGCCCUUCAUGUUUGAAAGAAGUCCCAGGGCGCUGAACAAUUGGGGGUUUUUGGACCAGAGUUGGGUUCAGGAGGGCAGGGGGUGUUGGGAGGGUGGCC